CCGGCCGUGUCGGUCACCUGAUCUUAAUCAUACUGGACUGCGUUCCAUUUACUGAAGACCAGGCUAAAGGCAAAGAGUCCCCACAACAAGCAAGAUCCAAGGAGGUUGCAGCGAAGGCCUGGGAGAACAUCAUCAGGGAAGCCAGGUUGGAGUGGACAGAGCUGGACAGCUCUCCAACAGAGCCAUGUUGCUUUGGUCGGUAUGGAGUGCAAUAUUGCUACUGACGCCGCUGGAGGCUGCAGAGGAGGACGAUGACGUCCGGGCAGGCUGCAGCACAGCUGUAAAUGACCUGGUGUAUAUAGUCGAUGGCUCGUGGAGUGUUGGGUUCUCUGACUUUGACACGGCCAAGCAGUGGCUUAUCAACAUCACCAGCCAGUUUGACAUCAGCUCCCAUUAUACACAGGUGGCUGUGAUCCAGUACAGUGACACACCUCGUCUGGAGAUUCAUCUGGGGAGACACCAGAGCGGAACAGAGCUCAUCCAGGCCAUAAGGGGCAUCACCUAUCUAGGAGGAAACACACAGACUGGAAGGGCCAUCAAGUUUGCUGUGGACCACGUUUUCCCCUCAUCCCAGCGGGCCAGCCAAGUUAAGAACCGCAUUGCUGUGGUGGUCACUGAUGGCAAAUCUCAGGAUGAUGUGGUGGAUGCCAGUAUGGAGGCACGAGCUCAGGGCAUUACAGUGUUUGCGGUUGGAGUUGGCAGUGAGAUCACCACCUCGGAGCUGGUGUCCAUCGCCAAUAAACCGUCAUCUACCUAUGUCCUGUAUGCUGAAGAUUACACCACCAUUGACCGUAUCCGAGACUCUAUGGAGCAGAAGCUGUGUGAAGAGUCUGUAUGUCCUACACGAAUCCCGGUUGCAUCUCGUGAUGAGAAAGGCUUUGAGCUGAUGGUGGGCAUGAACAUUCAGAUGAAGGCCAAGAAGAUACCUGGCUCUCUGGUUUCUGAGACAGCAUAUGCCCUGACUGCCUCCACAGACAUUACUGAGAAUACCAGGGAGAUUUUCCCAGAAGGCCUCCCUCCAUCCUAUGUGUUUGUAGCCACCCUGCGUCUAAAGGAGUCUUCUAGCAAGCUGACCUUUGACCUUUGGAGGGUGCUGUCAAAGGAUAAGGAGAUCCAGGCUGCAGUGACACUAAGCGGGAAAGAAAAAACUGUCACCUUCACCACCACUAGUAUGACACACAAGGAGCAAAGAGUCACCUUUAAAGCUGGCUUUCAGACUCUGUAUGAUGGAAAAUGGCAUCAGCUCAAACUUCUAGUGAGGCCACGCCAGAUCACCGGUUUCCUUGACGAUCAACUCAUCCGGGAAGUCGUGCUGGAACCGGUGGAGCCCAUUUACAUCAAUGGUGAGACACAGGUGGCUAAGAGGAGAGGAACCGACAUCACUGUGCCCGUGGAGAUUCAGAAGCUGCGUCUGUACUGCGAUCCUCAUCAGAGUGAGAGAGAAACAGCUUGUGAGAUCUACUCCGUGGAUGAUGAACGGUGUCCUCUGAAUCGAACAGCCACAGUGGAGGAGGAGGACUGCAAUUGCGUAGUCGGACCACCAGGGCAGCGUGGCCCACCAGGACGAAUGGGUUUCCGAGGGGAGAAAGGAAGGGAAGGCCCACCAGGACCUGAUGGUAAGCCUGGCAAAGAUGGGAAUCCUGGGCAACCCGGCCCUCCCGGAUUACCAGGGAUCAAGGGUGAAAGUGGCCCUUCAGGACUGAGUGGGGAUCCUGGUCUACAAGGAAGCAAGGGAGACAUGGGGGAACCAGGCUUACCAGGAGAACCAGGACCCCCUGGACCUAAGGGUCUACCUGGUGAUAGAGGUGAACCGGGACCUCCGGGAGAGGCUGGAUCAGUGGGGGAGCCAGGACUACCGGGCACCGGUGGACUAGUUGGUCCACCAGGACCAAAGGGAGAGAACGGAGAUUCAGGGUUGGUUGGUGCUGCUGGAGCUCCAGGUGCCCCGGGUGUCGUAGGACCUCCUGGCGAAGUGGGUCCAAAGGGAGAGCCAGGGUUGCCUGGGCCACAGGGACUACCUGGAAUAAAGGGAAUCGAGGGGCCCCGGGGGCCGCCCGGAGAGAUCGGCCAAGAUGGUCCCAAGGGAAUGUGUGGAGAUCCAGGGGUUGUUGGUUCUCCUGGUCCAUCAGGUCAGAAGGGCUCAACGGGGGAGCCAGGUUUUCCAGGGCUGCCAGGUGGCAUGGGGCUGCCAGGGUUUAAAGGUCACAAGGGGGAGAGAGGACUGGGUGGCUCUAAAGGAAACCAGGGGGAGAGAGGCAGAGAUGGAGAUCCAGGGACUCCCGGUGUGCCUGGCGAAGUGGGACCCAUGGGAAGGAAAGGAGAGAAAGGUGUGACAGGUGAUGUGGGCCCCAGGGGGCCCGAAGGAAAGAAGGGGGACAUGGGCCACAUGGGUACUGUUGGUCCCAGGGGAUUUCCUGGCCAGGAUGGGUUGCCGGGCCAACCAGGGCAGCCAGGAUAUCCUGGGAAACCUGGCAAGUCUCCCUCAGAUGAACAUCUUCUAAAGCUCUGCACUGAUGUUCUGCGCAAUCAACUCCCUGCGCUGCUCCAGACCCUGGCCCCCCCAGCUCAGUGUGAACCCUGCCAAAGUGUGAAGGGACCCCCGGGCGAGCCAGGACUACCGGGACCCAAAGGCACCAUGGGAACUCCAGGCUACCCUGGGAGGAGUGGUGCUCCUGGAUACCCAGGACCUCCUGGAAUUCAGGGUCCUGCAGGCCUCAAAGGUGAUAUUGGACCAAAAGGGCUCAAAGGCAGCAAGGGAGAAGGUUACCGUGGACCUCCAGGACCACCUGGACAUCCUGGAAUUCAGGGCCCUCGUGGCUUUGAUGGAAUCGGUCAUCCAGGCAACCAGGGCAUUCCUGGAAAACCAGGACCACCGGGACAUCCUGGUAAACGGGGCAGCACAGGACUUCCAGGGAUGUGUGAUGUUUCCAUGUGUUAUCAGACUUACAACCUCAGGGAACAUUACAGCAAAGGACCUAACGUCUGAUGACAUAGCAGUGUGGGAGGCUGCUUUUGAUUUAAACACUCAAAGUGUUUUGAGGAAGCAAUUUACUGUAUUACUCAUUUACAGAGAUGUGUGUGACUGUUGACUCCUUUAUGACAGAGUAUGUGGAAAAUUAGCUGCACUGGAGGCAGACAUACCCUCAUUAUUUGAGGUAGACUGAAAUGGGCAGGGCAUUGAUUCAUGAUUAUUCAUGAUCCGAGACGGUCAGCAGGCUAGCAGUAGCUUACUGAGAUACCAGGCUAACAUGGCUACUUCAUAGUUUAAACUUGCAAAGUUUGACAGCAGGUUUAAAUGUUGAUUUCUAAUCCUGAGUAUGUCUGAUGAGCACCAAAAUGGUUGUAACUGAGGUUUGCUGUUUUUUGUGCAACUAGCAAGUGAAAUAGGAUUUGUGAGAACAUAACAAAAUAGCUACCUCCUCUUUUACCUGGGUCACUCUUUAAGUUAUAGAUACAGAAGGCUUGCUAACAUGACAAGAUGCUAAUAGGCCAGCAUCACCAGCGGUCCAGUUGAAAUUCAACACAACAUGCAUGCACAAAAAAACAGAAACAUCUUCUGACAACUCAACAAAACUCAGGUAGAGCCUUUCUUAAUUAAAUGAUAAUUUGUAAUUUAUUCCAGAUUAUGAGUUCAUAGUGCUUAAACUGCACAUUAUUAAGGGAAGUAGGCAAGAAUUUGCUCUAAUGCUGUGCUGAGCUUCACCAGUUGAGAUUUACAUCAACCAGUGAGGUUAAAUCUACCUUCAGUGCAGCUCUGUGUCCGAGAAAAUGAUUAUAUCUACAAUUUAUGUGAAAAGUACAAUACAUUCCUUGAUGCUGAAUUGUGGGACACAGCAUUUUACAUGAAUAUCUUGUGAAAGGUUAAUAAACAUUUAGGUUGGUCAAUUAAUGUUAAUGAAUAAACAAGAAAAAUUCACAAAUGAAAUCACUCCAACCCCAGCAUUCUUUGUUAGCAGUGCAUUAUCUCUCUCUCGGCCUGCUUUUAGUGCAUUCUACAUGUAAUCCCUUGUGGUGAAAAAAUAUAUUUCUAUCACCAGGGGUUGCUAAUCCAUCACUGUGACUGACAGGGUUGUAAGAAUCCAUUCACUGUCUAUUUUUACCCAUUAUCUUUGUUUUUUUGUUUAUCAGUAUUAUAUAGACUUAUUUUCCAUUGCUUUUCUGAGUGCGUGGAUUACCAUAAAGUCUCAAAAAGUGGCCUUUAUUUACCUCAGCUGCAGACUUAUGCAAACUUAUAUCAUUGACAGGCCUUUUAUUUCUACUUUCUCACAUUUUUUUUAAGCGUAUCAUAAAUCAUAUUUUAGAAAGAAGCCUUCCACUGUCCUGAUUUGCUCACAAUUUAAUUUGCUGUUGACACUAUUUUCUGUCAACUCAAAACAUCCUCCAUGUUUACUUGUUGUCUUGAUAAAAUUUUGACUAAUUCCAUCAGUGCAACAACAAAGUCUUGUCCUACUCACCACUCUGUUGCACUCAAUUUCAGAAAACUGAAAUACUGUUUUCAUUCACUGACCGUUUCUAGUUGCUUUCAUUUUCCAUUUGUUGUGCUAGAUUAAGCCUCCCACUGGCUUAAAAGGCCACCCCAUUCCUGGUAGGCUUCUGAGUUGGAACAUGUGCAGGAAGUGUUGAGUUUCACUAACACUAACCACAGUCGUAAAAACAGUAAAGUUGAGCAAUUACAGCAAUCAAAGAUUCCACAAAUCUUAUGUAUCAAUCAGCUCUCAUGACAUAUGAAUUUUGUGGUAUUUACAGUAAUAACAUUUUUUGACAGAGCUGACCUUUGAGGAAACAGGGAGCUGGAGAGUCCAAAUCAUUGAAUCACCAUUCUCUUUUAUUUAUCCUGCUUUAACCUGUUCUAAUUAAACGUAUGUGUGUUAGUUUAUGUGUGUUAACUUAUUUCCCCAUUAGCUAUCUUGUAAACUGUCAGUACAAAAGCUCAUCGGGACUGUUUAUUUCCUUCUUCAAUGGUAUUGAAUGAAAUGAUUUAGAAUUCCUCAGAAUAAAAUGCAAGGUGGGAGUAUGGCCAUGUACAGACAAACAAAUAGAAGAAGAGUUGUAGAGAGAUAGUCAUGGUCAGGUCCAGGCCAGCCUCUGUUGAACCAGCUUCCGUUGAACCAGCCUUUGUAACUCAAUAAAAUCUCUCAUUCAUCAUUUCUUGAGGCAUGUUCCUCAGGUUCACUUUCAAUAUUCUGAGGCAAAUCAGCUCAGCUUCAGCAGUUGCAGGAAGAAAUGGAUACCUUUGUGAUUUUAAACAACUUUUUUUUUCCCUUUUGCAAUCUCUGCUGUCUAAAAGCCACAGAAUUCAGUCCUCUUUGUGUGACUGUAACUACAGACGUCUGAGCUAACAACCUCUCAACUCACCCAUGGAUUCACCUUUUUUGUUGAGCAGUGAUGUUUAGUCCAUAAAUGUCUAGCGCAUAUGGGAAAUGGUGUUCUAUAAAGGCCAGUAAAAAACAGAAAUAUUGAAUAAGCCUCAGCAUGAGAUUGUUUUUCAAAAAACCUGCCAUCCUUUUCUGAAGAGGUGAAGUGAGCCAUUCAUACUGACGUACUGUUGAGAAAGGCUUUGUUCCAAGGCUGGAUUUUUAGUUAUUAGCAUAGUUACAGGUAGAGGGAUUUAGCAACAAUAAGCUGCCGCAGACAUCAUAUUAGCUGUAACAAAAGCAAUAAGUAUUCAGCUACAGGAAGAAGCAGGGAAACUGUGACAAGAAAUUUUUUUUUUUUUUCACACAACUGUCUUUUCAUAGCCUUUUACAGACAUUUUUGGUUGUUAUAUGGGGAAAGGCUCUUGCCCAGUUUCCUGAGAAGAGAGGCUUCCAUAUAUGGUGAGGAAUGAUUAAAAAAAUGUUAUCAAACUGUCAUAGACUUUGAACCCUUCCAGAUAUGUGAGUUUGUGAGUGAUACUCUAGGGUUCAGACUUCAGGAUACCGGUUUCCAAACUGUUGUUUGUUGCUAUGAAGCUGUUAAUUCUUACUUGGAACUUCAUUCCGUUUCCUAGUUUGCAACUAUUAUGUUAUUUAAUUUUUUGUUUUAUCAACAAUAACAGUCUACACUGUGGCUGGUGGCCCUUAGAGGCUCCAUCCCGCAGUAGUAUGUGGUUUAAUGAAGCAACAACAUAUUAAUGCUUUUGCUAUUUGUAGAGUCUUUUGAGUAGUGAAAAUCUGGCCUGCAUAUUAGAGUAAAUGCACAGGGUCAGUACAAGCAUAAUUGCUUAUCCUCUGGGGACCAUGAAUGUGCUUAAGAAAUUAAAUUGUAGUAUUAAAUCUUGCAUACACAAAGCUGAAAUUUUCCCUGAGGGUAGUGCUAGCGGACACUUCAUGGAAUGUUGAACAUGGACCUGGUUCAUCCUCUGAGGAGCAUGAAUGAAUGUGCUCAGUAAAUUUCAUGACUAUCUGCCUGUUGGACAUUUUGCAUGUACAAGUGGAAAUAUUGGCCAGAUAAAAAUGUCAAGAGACCCUGUAAUCUGUAUUGGCAACUAAUUUUUUUUUGGAUCAGCAUGUUGGUGAGAGGUUCAUAGUGAGCAUAUGUGUCAACAUUUUUGUCAUUUAUUUUUGUCCCAUGUACUCUCAUACAUGGGACACACUGACGUGAACCAUGGUCUUCAGUGUUUAAAUUUGUUUAAAUUUGAUUUGUACAACAAACCAUCCACCGCACCUACCUCCACACUUCAUGACCUUGCUGUGGCACAGCAGAUAGGAAAAUUCACCAUCUUGGCAAAAUGUAACCUCCAAAACAUAUUUGGCAAAGCAAAUUGACUAACUACAUAUAUAUAUAUAUAUUUAUGUAUACCUAUGAUGAAGACACCAAACUACCAAAAGGUUAGGUCUGCGGUCAUUUAAAAGAAACCAAUAUUGAAACUAAUAUUCAUAGGUGACAGGACAACAUCUCCGGUGUCACAAUCACAUGCUUUGUCCAACCAGCUACCCACUCCAGCCUCCUACCUAACGCUACUUCCACUUUUGCUACUGACUAAGCUCCUGUUUUUCUGCUCAGUACAGUCUUACAUUUAAUGCUGUGACUGAGUCUGAACAUUGUAGCUGGGUUUAACACAGUGUCAUCAUGAAAACUUUUUUCUUUCUUUUUUUUUUUUUUUAAAAAAGAUAUAUGUGCGAUCUGUGUUUCUUGAGUACUGACACCUACUGUAAAAGGUGUCAGAUCAUCAGUAACAAUCUUCACCACAGAAACAGUCCAUGCUGUGUGAAAGUUAACUUUCCAGUGCAGAUGGUGACGUGACUUGUCACAUUUACCAUUUUGAGUUGACUUUUGACUGAUAUAAUGUUUAGAUGUAAUGAUUUAAUUACUUCCGACCACAGGGGUUAAACAAACUUGUUAACUAGGAUCUUGUGUGGGAUUUGCUUGCAUUUCUGUCUUUCUGUAAUUGAAAUAUAUUUCAAGAAGCAUCCAUUUGUAUCAUUUUAAAAGUUAAUAUCUGUAAUAUCCAUAGAUGCUGGAAAAAAUGCAGUGUUUACAAUGAUAUUUUUGUACAUAUGAUUAGCAGCUUUUGAAAAUAUGUCUUAUUAUUAUGUUUGUUGUAAAAUUAUUUUAUAUUAAA